AUUGUCUUGAUUUCACUGAGGAACAUCUUGACCCUUACACAUGCUGUACAGUGUCCUAUGUAAUCAGCAACUCCAGGAACAAACAGGUUCAUCUUAAUUUGGAGAAAAGUGCAGUGUCCCUGUCUGGGCUGAAGACAAUUCUCAAAUAUUCACAAUAUCUAAGGGAUUUUUCAACGACACUAUGUCAGGUUUGGACAAUGGCCUUAAAGUAUGAGAAGAUGGUUUAUCUUAUACAUCUCUUUCAGUUAUGUGGAAAUGAGAUUCACAUACUAAUGAGCAGCCCUACAGAUGUUCUUGAUCAAGUUGGAAAAAUUAUAACCCAAAAUUCAGAGAAAAUAAAUCUCCAUUUACACUGUGACCAAGACCCACGACAGCUCACAGAUCUUGUUUACAAAGUGUUCUCCUGGCUACCACACAUCAGCGCUCUCCACUUCAACCCUGUACAUGGAAUUAAAGAACAUGAAAAGAGAUGCAGAAUAUUUCAACUGGAUUUGUGUUUACAAGCAGCUCUACACCAACCACUAAAAAUCCAGGACACAGUGCAGAGAAUUAUGCCAAAUAAAGAAGAACAGAGUGAUUUUCUCCUGGAUCUGUAUUACCAUGUGAAGCAGUAUGAGAUUAUAACAGGCAGCAAUGUUCUUCCAGCAUUGCUACCAAUUUACCAGUCAAUUCCUGCAGUCUGGUCUAUAAAGCUCUCAGAGAGAAAAGUCUCCCUCCUCUUGGAAGUGCUGAAACUUCAAACACAGAAUAAACCAGUGGAGCUGAGAGACUACACAGAAGAUGAGUGUGAAUUGAGCAGUUUCUUUCAGUGUCUGCCCUACAUCUCAGAACUCAGCAUUAAUGUGUUUGAUCGUACACAUGGAGAGAAAGAACAUGAAAAAAGAUGCAGAUUAUUUAGACUGAAUUUGUGUCUACAAGCAGCUCUACACCAACCACGAAACAUCCUGGAGACAGUGCAGAAAAUUAUGCCAAAUAAAGAACAGAGUGAUUUCCUGAUGGAUCUGUACUUCCAUGUGAAGCAGUAUGAGAGUGAAACAGGCAGCAGUGUUCUUCCAGCAUUCCUGUCAGUUUAUCAGUCAGUUUCAGUCUGGUCCAUAAAUUUGUCAGAGAGAAAAGUCUCCCACCUCCUAGAAGUGCUGAAACUCCAAACACAGAAGAAACCAGUGGAGCUGAGACACUGUACAUAUGAAGAGAGUGAAGUGAGGAGUUUCCUUCAGUGUUUGCCCUACAUCUCACAUCUCAGUGUUAAUGUGUUUGAUCGUACCCAUGGAGAGAAAGAACAUGAAAAGAGAUGCAGAACAUUUAGAAUGGAUUUGUGUCUACAAGCAGCUCUACACCAACCACAAAACAUCCUGGAGACAGUGCAGAAAAUUAUGCUAAAUAAAGAAGAACAGAGUGAUUUCCUGCUGGAUCUGUACCUCCAUUUGAAGCAGUAUGAGAGUAAAACAGGCAGCAGUGUUCUUCCAGCAUUCCUGUCAGUUUAUCAGUCAGUUUCAGUCUGGUCUAUAAAGCUCUCAGAGAGAAAAUCCUCCCUCUUAUGGGAAGUGCUAAAAUUCAAAAAAAAAAAAAAUAAACCAGUGGAGCUGAGAGACUGUACAAAAGAUGAGAGUGAAGUAAGGAGUUUUCUUCGGUGUCUGCCCUACAUCUCAGAGCUCAGGUUUAAUGUGUUUGAUCGUACACAUGGAGAGAAAGAACAUGAAAAAAGAUGCAGAACAUUUAGACUGGAUUUGUGUCUACAAGCAGCUCUACACAAACCACGAAACAUCCAGCAGACAGUGCAGAAAAUUAUGCCAAAUAAAGAAGAACAGUGUGAUUUCCUGCUGGAUCUGUACUUCCAUGUGAAGCAGUAUAAGAGUGAAAAAGGCAGCAGUGUUCUUCCAGCAUUACAACCUGUUUAUCAGUCAGUUUCAGUCUGGUCCAUAAAUCUGUCAGAGAGAAAAGUCUCCCACCUCCUAGAAGUGCUGAAACUCCAAACACAGAAGAAACCAGUGGAGCUGAGAGACUGUACAGAUGAAGAGAGUGAAGUGAGGAGUUUCCUUCAAUGUCUGCCCUACAUCCCAGAACUCAGGUUUAAUGUGUUUGAUCGUACACAUGGCGAGAAAGAACAUGAAAAGAAAUGCAGAACAUUUAGACUGGAUUUGUGUCUCCAAGCAGCUCUACACCAACCCCGAAACAUCCAGCAGACAGUGCAGAAAAUUAUGCCAAAUAAAGAAGAACAGUGUGAUUUCCUGCUGGAUCUGUACUUCCAUGUGAAGCAGUAUGAGAGUAAAACAGGCAGCAGUGUUCUUCCAGCAUUACAACCAGUUUAUCAGUCAGUUUCAGUCUGGUCCAUAAAUCUGUCAGAGAGAAAAGUCUCCCACCUCCUGGAAGUGCUGAAACUCCAAACACAGAAGAAACCAGUGGAUCUGAGAGACUGUACAGAUGAAGACAGUGAAGUGAGGAGUUUCCUUCAGUGUCUGCCCUACAUCUUACAGCUCAGGUUUAAUGUGUAAG